UUUUGGGGGGUGGGGUGCAGGUCACGUGAUGUGAUUGCAGUUCAAUGUGUUGGCGACUGGUGUUUAUUUGAAGUGCAGUAGUCAGCAUUGAGGAUGUAUUCUUCUCUUAUCAGUUUAUAUUCUGUUACUGUUAUGCCGUGAUAUGACGCAUUUUGUUUGAAGAAGCGUUUCUUCAGCCGGAGACACAGACAAGAGCCAGAGUAAUAGACAGAGAUGUCUGGUUUCAGCGCUGAGCUAAUAGACUACCUGGAGGGUAGGAUAACUUUUGAGGAGUUUGAUAAGCGGAGAGAUGAGCGGAAAGCCAAGGAGUCAGGGGUAGGCCUAUUAGCUGAAGAUGUGGAGGAUAAUGCUCAGCCCUCUACCUCUGCACAAAUCCCGGGGAACAUCGAGGAGGGAGUCAGCCCAGGGGUUCAGCUGGCCUUCGCCUCCAUGCUGGGAGAAACGCCAGAACCUCUGUCUUCAGAAGAGGAGGAAGAGGAGGACAGCUUGAGCUAUGUCGAUGAUGAAGAUGAUGAGGAUUACAAGGUGGAAGAAGAGGAGAGAGGAAAGGUGGAGGUGGAGGUGGAGGAGACAAAGAAGAGGCAGAGGCAAGGGGGAAAAGGAGGGAGAGGAGGGAGGAGAAAGAAGAAAGAGGAGGAAGAGGAUCUGACGGUGGGGGACGUGUUCGCGCUGGAGAUGGAGCUGAACCGAGAAAACAAGAAGAUGAUGAAGGAGCGGCGUCAUCGCAGCAAGCUGCCUCGAGCUCUGAGAGGCUUGAUGGGAGAAGCCAACAUCCGCUACGCCAGAGGAGAGAAAGAGAACGCCAUCUUGAUGUGUAUGGAGAUCAUAAGACAGGCUCCUCUGGCUUAUGAGCCUUUCUCCACGUUGGCGAUGAUCUACGAGGAUGAUGAAGACAUGGACAAAGCGCUGCAGUUUGGUUUGAUCGCUGCCCACCUGAACCCCUCAGACUGUGAGGAGUGGAUCAGACUGGCAGAAAUGUCUCUGGAGCAGGACAACAUCAGACAGGCCAUUGUCUGCUACACAAAGGCCAUUAAGUACGACCCCACCAACGUGCGCUACCUGUGGGAGCGCUCCAGCCUCCACAUGCGUCUUGGCGAGCACAAACAUUGCAUGGACGGCUACCGCAGGAUCCUGUCACUGCUGCCACUGGAGGAUGGAGAGCACUUCAUGCAGCUCUCCAAAGACAUGGCCAAGAGUUACUAUGAGAGUAGUGACUUGCCCUCAGCUUUAGGUGUUAUAGAUGAUGCUCUGGCACGACACCCAAGCCUGGUCAGCGAUGACUUCAUCAACAUGUCAGCUGAGCUCUAUAUCGCCAACCGCCAGUACAACAAGGCCCUGCAGGUCUUGGUCCAGUUUGCAGGUAUAGUUUUGGUUAGAUCUGAAUCCAAAUCCUUUGUGGUACCAACACAAGAAGAGAAAGUGGCAGACAAAACGACUGAGGAGCAGGAGAAGAAGAAUGAAGAAGGUACAAAGUCGAACACUGUAGAGGAAAUAGCAGUAGAGGAGAACGGUGAAAUUAAAGAUGUACAGGUACCAGACAGUGUCCCAGUGGACCUGAGGGCCAAGCUAAUGGUCUGCCUCAUACACCUGCAUGUCUACACACCCCUGGAGGGACUAGUGUCAAUGCUGAUGGAGCAGAGUCCAGAGGAGAUUGGUGACUUAUACCUGGAUAUAGGUGAAGCCUACCUGGAGGAGGGCGAGUACAUGUCUGCUCUGCCUCUGCUGUCUGCCCUCGUCAUAUCCGACAAGUACAACCUGGCUGUUGUCUGGCUCCGACACGCAGAGUGUCUGAAGGCGCUAGGCCACAUGGAGGUAGCAGCAGAAAGCUACACUAAGGUGGUGGAGAUGGCUCCACAGCACCUGGAAGCCCGGCUCUCCUUGGCCACCCUGCAGCAGCAGCUGGGCCGACCGGAGUGCGCCCUCAAGGCCCUGGAGUCAAUGUACGACAGCGACACACUGGCACAGGACUCGUCGGCCGCACAAAAGGAAUUAAAGCUGCUGCUGCAUCGUUCCACACUGCUUAAGACUCAGGGACAAAUACAGGACUACCUGGAUGCUAUGAUCACUAUGAUCUCCAUGCUACUUAAGGUGGCCAUGCAGCGAGCUAAGGUGUGUGUGCGUUCUGUAACCGUGUCAGGCGAGAAUCACCUGAGGCUGGUGAAGGUCAAAGACAUGCUGCCAGAGAUUGCUGACCAUGAAGCUGCCUAUCUGGACAAUACUGGUAAAACCAACGUUCUGUCUAAAGAGGACUGGUGGCAGCUGCUAGUGAGCUGUGUGCUGACACUGUGUGAGGUGAAGCGCUAUGAGGAGGCCGAGCUGCUGGUGGAGUCGGCCAUGGAGUUCUUCUCCUUCUAUGACAACAAGCCCAGGAGGAAGGAGUUGGAGUUCUUCGGUCUGUCUGCCACCAUCCUCGACCACAACUACUACAAGGCCUACAACUAUAUCAGAUUGAUGCUGAUGGAAAAUGUGGAUCUGCCUCAGCUUUGGAAUAUUUUCAACCAGCUGACGAUAACCUCCGAGCACCAGCGUCACCAUCGUUUCUGUUUGCGUCUGCUGUUAAAACAUCCCGACAACCACGCCUUGUGUGUCCUCUGCGGACACAAUGCCAUGGUGUCAGGGAGCUUCAAACAUGCACUGGGUCAGUAUGUUCAGGCCUUCCAGACUCACCCCAACAACCCGCUCCACAGCCUGUGUGUGGGUCUCACCUUCUUCCACAUGGCCUCUCAGAAGUAUGUAGCCAAACGACAUACACUGGUGCUGCAGGGUUUCUCCUUCCUGUGGCGGUACGUGGAGCUGCGUGGAGAGUGUCAGGAGAGCAUGUACAACCUGGGCAGAGCGCUGCACCAGAUGGGCCUCACACAUUUGGCCAUACAUUACUACCAGAAGGCACUUACACUGCCUGCACAGAAACUGGAGGGUAUCCCUGAUGAUCAGGUAGAUCUGAGAAGGGAGAUUGCCUUCAACCUCUCCCUCAUCUACCAGGCCAGCGGGAACAUGGAAAUGGCCCACCAGCUUAUCAACACACACUGCAUUGUUUGAAAGUGCUCACAAAUGACUCAUCAUCUGUGCCAGUGUUUUUGAGUUUUGAGACUCUGAGAUUCAGUCCCUGCAAGUACUGCCUUGUAAAAAAUAUGGAGGACUAAAAAUGAUUUAUUCAUGAAUAAGCAAAUACAGAAAUAAAUACUGGAAUAAAUAAACAAUUACUUUAAUUAACAAAUAAAACAAAUUAAUAAAACCUUAAAUUAAUACAAAAAUAAGUAUUAUAUUAUUUAAUGUAGAUUUAUUCUGUAUUUCUACAAAUGACAUUUAUUUCUGUACUUCUACUUUUCUAAUUUUAUUUAUUGAUUUUUGUGUCUUAAUAAAGGUAGAUGGUACUAACUUCACUGUAAAGCACCAUUGGUCACAGGAUCGUUCGAUCAGUUGUAGUACCUUUAACUUGCUAGUGGUGUAUGAAGCUGAGCUGACUGGUACACCUGCUCCUGAUUUUUAGCUAGAUCUUUAGAUCUAGAUUUGUAGGUCAAACCAGCUGACCAAUCAUGUUUUACAGUGAGGUUAGUACCACCUCCCUCAUUAACACACAGACCGACACACAGAAAAUAAUAUGUAGAAAUGUACGAACAAACAGUUAUCUUUAUUUUGCAAUUAAUCAAUCAGUCAACAUUUAUUUGUGUAUUGUAUUAUGCAUUUCACUAUUCAUUUAUUUAAUAUUUUGUUUAUUAAUACUUAUCUAUUUAUUUCUGUAUUUCAGUUUCUGUCUUGUCAUUUAAUGGACAUUCAUGCUGUGGCAUAGUGGUGACUGCUACUAAAUGAAUGUAGACAUCGUCGUUACUAUCAUCUUAACAAAUACAUCUACAUCAUUAUCACUUUUACAGAUACAGUAGAUAUCUGUGACCGAAGUAGUUAUUGAUCAGUUUUUCAGACAUUAUUUUCCUCUAGUUCCAUGUUAGCGAAUAUCAGAUUUUCUUGUGUAGAAUUAAAUUUUAUUUAUAUUAUUUGUACAUGUGCGCACAGUCCUAAUGCUAUUGUAAAUGACCAAUAAUGCUGUUAUAACCCAUUUUGUAAAGACAGUUUUAUUUUUGUUAACGAAACAUUUUCAGUCUAAUAUGUUUAGAUAUAUUUUAAACCAUAAAAAUAAGCGUGAUGUUGCUUUGGACAUGUUCUCUGAUUUGUUUUUGUGAUGGACAAAAAAAUGGAUGGACAGACUUUUUCUUUUGUUGUUGGUGGGAUUAAGGCAGUGGGAUUAUUUGCCAAAUCCCUCCCUCUCUCCUAUCCUAACCGUCUGCUUCCAUCAUGUUUCCUCCCCGGGUCACUGCACUCCAUCUAGGCCAGGGCCAAGGGCGGGACAGGGCUUCUGGUUGAAAGGGGGCAGAGCUUUGUUUGUGGGCCCCCCAGUCACUGAAUAAUAUAAUCAGUAAUCUUGUUCAUAAACACAGUAUAGAAACUGCCAAAUGUAUGCCUACUGAAUCAUAAAAACACUAGAUCACAGUUUAUCAUUUUAAGCCCUGUAUAAUAUUUCUGCAGAAUAUUCAUAAAACAGUAACACCCACAUCGGGAUCACCACACACAGCCCGGUGUUACUGGCCUUUACUACUAGUUUACCACUGAGAAACAAGAGGCCAUGCAGGGCAGUGAUCCAUACAGUAACCUGACAACAGCAUGAUCAAAAUGAAUAAGUGACAUGUUUAUUAUUAGGUCUCUCAAAUACAAAUGAAAAGCCUAGACAUUUAUCAAAAUACCAGCAACUAGAUUAUAUUAUCCAUAUUCUAUUCAAUUCAAUUUUAUUUAUAUAGCGCCAAUUCAUAACAGAAGUUAUCUCAUUGCGCUUUUCCUAUAGAGCAGGUGUAGACCGUACUCUAUAAUAUUAAUUACAGAGACCCAACAAAUCCCACCAUGAGCAAGCAUUUGACGACAGUGACAAGGAAAAACUUCCUUUAAGAGGGCAGAAACUUUGGACAGAACCAACCCAUAUCCAUCUGUGUAUCUUUAUAUUGCACAAAUAUGUGGCCAGUAUGUUCUUUUCUGGAUUGAAUUUACAUUUCUGGAGAUAGUGAAAUUGGGGUCACUGUAUUUUACGUGCAUAAUGAUGCUGAUGUCAUAUUUUGAAGGACAAUCAUUCAUAUAAUACAGUGAAGUUGCAACAAACUUUGAAGCAUAGUAAACCUUGUUUCCAUCA